AUGCUCAUUGCCCUCUCCCUCCUCAGCGCUCUCUCUCCCGACCCGCCGCCCGCCAAGCCGGCCCGGGCAAAGCGCAACAAGUACGCGCACUUCAGCAAGGCGGAGCGGGUCGCCGAGACUCUGCGCUUUAGCAGGGUUGCGCCGCCAGAGCAGAGGAGCGGCGGCGCCGAGGCGGCGGCGGCGGCGGCAGCGGCGGCGGAGCUGCCCCGGGAGCGCGGCGUCUGGCUCUACCCCGACGCGGCGCAGGUCGACCAACGCGACCCGUCCACGUUUGGCUUCAGCGAGGUUGGCCGCAUCGUCGGGGCGCACGGCACGCAAGGCGUGGUCCGGGUGCUCUCCGACUCCGACUUUGCGGAGGAGCGGCUGUGCCGCCCGGGCGUGGGCUGGCUGCGCCGGCCGCGCCGCCGGGCGCCGCGGCAGGUGCGCCUCCUCUCUGGCCGGCGCGGCCCCGGCGCGGGCGCGUUUCUGCUGCGGAUCGCAGGCGUCGAGGCGCGGGAGGAGGCGGCGGCGCUCAAGGGGUCGACGCUGUACGUGCGGCGCGAGCAGGAGCCGGAGGGGCUCGAGGAGGGAGAGCUGCUCUCGUGGCAGCUCGAGGGGCUCCGCGUCGUCUGCCUAGACCGCGACGCGCCGCCCGACGCGGCGUCGCUGGCCGAGCUAGCGGGCGAGCCAGUCGGGCUCGUGUCUGGCGUGGUGCCGGCGCUCGAGCUGAGCUCCGCGGGCGUGGGCCACGACCUCCUCGAGGUGACGCUCUUCCCGCCGUCGCCCGACGGCGGCGACGCCCCCCCGGAGCGGCUCGACCAGCUCCCCGACGACGCGGACACGGUCCUCGUGCCGUACGUCGAGGAGAUCGUGCCGGCCGUCGACACCGACGCCGGGCUCGUGCUCAUCGACCCGCCCGCCGGGCUGCUCGAGCUGGUGCAGCCCAAGCGGCGGAGACGAGUCACGAUUCGAGGACUCCUCCCUGCAGCGGGAGAGACACAUGCGCCGCCGGAGAGCUGA